AUGUUCACUUCGACUCUCCGCACCGCCUUCCGCGCCCCAGGUGCGACCCGCGCCUUUAGCAGCACGGCUCGCCAGCAAAUUGCGCGCAUGACAAUUGUAGGCCGUCUGGGGGUUGUGCCUGAGGAGGUCACGAUUAGUGGGGAUCGUACGCUGGUGCGGUAUGUGAUUGGGACGAGCUAUGGGAAGGGCGAGGACAAGAAGACGAGUUGGUUUCGGGUUGCUAGUUUUGUGCAGGGUGGACAGAAGGAUUUCUUGAUGAGUGUUCCCAAGGGAUCCCUCCUCUAUGUUGAUGCCGAUGCGCGCAUGGACAACUAUACCGACGCCGAGGGCAACAAGCGCUCGAACUUGAGCUUGGUGGCUCGCAACUUCGAUGUCUUGCAGCGUGCUCGCAUUGAGGACCCUGAUGUCAAUGAUGAGGGUCUUGUUCAGGAGGCGUCCGGCUAG